AUGAUGUUUAGAUAUAAGGAUUAUUUUCCAGUAAGAUAUAAGCCUCCAAAUAAUCGUGCUCAUAUCAUAAUCGCAGUACCCACUUCCACAACGGGUCACUCUCAACAAGGCAAUCCACUAGGUACAGUAUUUCAAGUUGAAAUAUUUUUGAAUAUCUAUUGUCAUAGAACGAUUACAGAAAAUUCUAACAAUUUCUCUUACUUAUCAGCUUUAAUGAAAUCAUUUCAAGUUGAAUCGAGACUGAAACCAGAACAGCUAAAUUGGAUCAUAAAACAACAUGAAUUCCGUGAACAAGGCGAUAAAAUUAAACAUCUAAUUCCCAUCUUAGCUGGCGGAUCUGGCAUUGAAAAGAAUAGAUUUCUAGAUGAAAUUGAAAUUUUGCUCAAAAAAUACAUUGAGGAAUCUAGCAAUAAAGAUGUUCGUGAAGAUUUUGCAAACAUGGAAUCAAGAAAAAACUUCUACUAUACUACUUAUCCUGGUCCUUGGAAAGGAACAAUUGAAGAUUUAAAAACUAAACUUACAAAAAGAAAUAAUGACUUAAAACAAGCGGAAGCAGUUCGAGAUACUUACCUAGUUGAACGGGAUAAUGUCUGUACGGCUUUAGUUACUGCCAUGGUUGAUUUAAAAGCCGAGAAAGCAGCCCAUAAUGCAACUAAAGCUGAAAGGAAUAUUGUCAUUGAUGAAUGA